CCUCUGGCUAACCAGCAUGUCAGUGCAGACAGUCAGCGGCUUACAGCGCACCGUUUAAUAAGCUAAAAUCGAUAGCAUCGUCUGUUAACGCUUUUCAAGCAUAGCGACAAGCUAGAUUGCUAACAUACAAGCUAGACAUGGCGUCUUACGUGGAUUUUCACUCAGUGACAUUGAAGCGGCGUGCCAGCAACAGCUAACCUCAUGUUGCUGUUAUGUAACGACGUAACAUGAAAUGCUAUUUCUCGUAGUGUACUCAUUAGCUUGGACCUAAACCCACGACCUUACACCGUCUGGAGCAGAUGCUUUUUGCACGGGCUAAUGAUCGUGUUUAAAGUUUAGGUAGCACCAUUUGCCACUGAGCUAAUUGGUUAAAUUCAGGGUUAACUGCAGCAUGUGUUUUAUUGUAAAUUGGCAUGUAAUAAAAAAGUCAGGCAAGAUAUGAGCCUUGAUGUGUUAUUUAAAAUGGGGCAUUAAGUUGAGCUUAUAUUUUUGAACUCUUAGCUGCAGUCACACUCACACCCACACUUUGUUUGAGGUGGCUGAGAUGAAUCGCAUCCAUUUUGAGCUGGAGUAUACAGAGGGCAUCAGCCAGCGCAUGCGAAUCCCAGAGACCCUCAAAGUGGCCCCAGAGAGCCAAGCGGGAUCCAUACCACUUCAGCAGCCUUUGCCCACUCACACAGCUCUGAUGCAGGUUCCUGAGAGGAUUGUUGUUGCAGGUGAUGAAGGGGAUCCUCGAUUUGCAUGUCCAAGAGACUUGGAUCUGAUUCAGUCCAUUCCUCCUGUGGACCUCCUGAACAUGAAGGCCCCUCCACGUGUCCUCACCCUUACCGAGCAGCCUCUGGACUCGCUUGAAACAGACCAAACUGUCAACUCACAGCGCAAUCCCAGCCAAGCGGCCAGCUUUCAUGGUCGGCCUCGAAGGGAGCGCAGCGCGAGUGAGAACGUAUCCGGCCGUCACAGCAGUCAGAUCAGCAGAGGCGAUGUAAGUGUAACCCCUUCCCCUUCUGCCCCCCCAGUCCGUUUGUGUCCUCCCCUCUGUUCCCCCGAGGAUGCAAACAUCAACCUGUUUACAGCUGCUGGGCUCCUGUCGUACAUCCAGUCAACGACACGCCGUGCUUACCAGCAGGUCCUUGAGGUCCUUGAUGACAGCCAUCGCAGGACACACCUGGAUCUGGCCCUGGAUUUAAACCCUGAUGAGUCCGGCUUAGUGGAUGCCUCCUCACUGAGACGACAGAUUGUGAAGUUGAAUCGGCGUCUGCAGCUGUUGGAGGAAGAAAACAAAGAACGCUCAAAGCGAGAGGUGAUCCUGUAUUCUGCCACCGUGGCUUUCUGGCUCAUUAACACCUGGAUCUGGUUCCGUCGCUAGAUGGAUUCUCCCAAAACACUGGAAACCAAAGCAGUUCCCUGUUAAAGAUGUGAUCACUGAUUUAUAGCAAAUUCUAUAUGGAGGUUUAUCCUAAACAGGUCAGUCUCGGCACUCAUGAGGUAAAACAUGAGGCACAAAAACAUUGUUUUCUGUUUGUCAAGUCGAUGUGACAGAAUUUCACAGUAAUCGUGGGCCUAGUGUCUCGCAGCACUAAAAUUAGAAGUAAAUAAUUUUUUAUAAACUGGCGAAUGACUGGCAAGCCAAAGCACAAUGACAAUGCAACUGAACGAUUUAGCAGCACCAACAACCACUUCAGUUAACGUAAUGCUAUCUCCAGCACGUGUCCUAUUUGAGAAGCUUACUCCACUGUCAAACCUAUAUUUUUGGUUUGGAUCAGCCGUAAAUGAAAUACGUUACAAAUUACACAAACAACUGUCAGCUCCUACUGAUAUAAAUAGUUUAUGCAAAUAUUACUGUUUGCACCUCUAAACUUGACAAAUCCAUUGCACAUAAUGAACUGGUGUUACAGUUGUGUAAAUGAAAUCUUUUAACGUGAACAAUUUAUUAAAUGUUACUUAAGUGACAAAUGUUUUGAGAACCGCAGUUGCAAGACUGAACCUGACUUUUCUGUUGAAAGCAGGUCAUAAACUACCAUUCUUCCAGAAGUGUCAAACUGAACCGAUUGACUAUAAAGAUGCCAUAACGCUGACCCUUUGUUACUGGAAAAACUUCUUGUGUACAUUACAGCAUUUGAAAAGCCUGUCUAAUCUGUCUCUAAUGUUAUUUAUUUUAACGUUUUUGUCUAGGGGUUGUGUCAUCUUGAUUAUUUGCUAACCAAAGUAACAAGGGUAGGGUACUGUGAAGUGCUGUUUUUUCCAUGCUGUUAUCUCAUCUUUGUUCCCACUAAGUCACCUGCAAUAUUAAAGCAUGGAAUAUGACAUUUUAUACAUAAUUUAGUGUGAUACAAAGAGCCAGUGUGUGUAUGAUCGUCCAAUGAUAAUAGAGGUCGAUCUUGUUGAAAUUAUUAAAAAAAAAAACAACCAUUUUAUUUUGAUAAUAAUAUAAAUAUGUAUUUAACGCAGGUUUAUUUAUCACAUAUAGUACUAAGGUGUCAGCAAAGAGUUGCUAUUAGUUUUUCUUUGAAGUCUGUACCUACAUGUCACAUUUAAAGCUGGAUGUUGGAGUUAAACAUUUACAUUAUUUUGUAAUAUAAGAAUACACUUGAUGUUUGUAAAUAUGUUUGCUGUAAUAAAAGAUGGAUGUCAGUUUCA